AUGCUCCACAAGCGUCCCCUCCGCAUUGGCAAUGUCUCCGGUGCAACAGGCGACCACCCCCAGGCAAUGUUUCGGAUGGCACAGCAUGGCAAUGUCGAUGUCAUCGUUGGUGACUGGCUAUCGGAAAUGAACAUUGCAUGGAAUGCCAUAACCAAAUCUCAAGAUCCUGAUCUGGGAUAUGAGCUCGGGUUUCUCGCCCAGUUGAGCGACUGUCUAGAUAUUAUUGUAACAAAAGCUAUCAAAGUUGUUGCAAAUGCUGGGGCGUUGAACAUAUCAUCCCUGAUGCGGCAGGUUUGCACACUAUGUAAAGAGAAAGGACAGAGCCAAGUCAUAGUGGCUUCGGUACUAGGAGAUGAUAUCUCGGCGCCCAUCCAGAAGAAAGAGCCUGGCUUCCAGGACUUACAUCAUUUGGACCAUGUGGAGUGGAAGUUGAAAGAUUGGCCCUUGAAGCCACACUGCGCCGUGGCGUACAUCGGGGCUUGGGGCAUCGUGGAAGCUCUAAAUGCAGGCGCUGACAUUGUCAUAUGCGGUCGUGUCACGGAUGCUUCGCCAGUUAUUGGUGCCGCGGCGUGGUGGUAUAGGUGGCAGCGAGACGCCUGGGAUGAGCUUGCCGGUGCACUGGUCGCUGGACACCUGAUUGAGUGUGGCCCGUAUGUGACCGGCGCCAACUUCUCCGGCUUUAAACCCUUGCUUCCUAGCCUUGUCGACCUCUCCUUCCCUAUUGCUGAAAUCAGUCCUGAUGGCAGUUGCAUAAUCACUAAAUGCGAGGCCUAUGGUGGUGCAGUCACUAAGUUUAACACUAUUGCUCAGUUGCUCUACGAGCUCCAAGGGGAGUUAUAUCUCAACCCGGACGUCGCAGCCGACCUGCGAAAUGUGUCCGUAGACGAAGUCGGCCCCGAUCGUGUCAGAGUCUAUGGUACAAUAGGACAGCCGCCACCACCAACGACAAAAGCGAUGAUAGCAGCCCCAGGAGGCUAUCAAGCCGAAGCAAUAUUCUAUAUCAAUGGUCUGGAUGUGAACGAGAAGGCAAAGAUGUUUCGCAAUCAGCUCGACCAUGCUCUUCGUGGUAACAACUUCUGCAAAUUGUCUAUUGAGCUCUACGGCUCACCUGCCAUUAAUCCGGCUAGUCAACAGGCGGGAACAGUAUUUCUACGAGUGUUUGCGCAAGCACGGAAUAUAGCGGAUAUCUCGGCGGAAAGGUUUAAGACAUUGAUAUAUGCUCUGCGGAUGCAAAGUUAUCCUGGAUAUCACAUGAACCUUGACUUUCGGAUGAUGGACGCAAAGCCCUUCAUGGAGAUCUUUCCAGCACUUAUUCCCCUUGACCUCAUACAUCAUCGGAUCAUCCUCUCCAAUGGCAUGCAACAGAAUGCACCAUCUGCGCCUAAAACGAGAACAUACCCGAUUCAAAGACCUUCCUAUGAGACCAAGACUCUUGUACCUUUAACCCAGUUCGGCGUCACGGAGGCCGCCCCGUUGGGCAGUAUUGUUCACGCCCGUUCAGGAGAUAAAGGGGAUAAUUUCAAUGUGGGCUUCUUCGUCCGAAACUUGGACGAGUAUCCAUGGUUGCAAUCAUUCUUAACGGUGGAUCGAUUCAAAGACCUGCUUGGGGAUGAUUGGCCAAAAAGAGAUAAUGAACCUCCAGUGGAACGAUGUGAGUUUACAAAUUUAUUGGCUGUUCACUUCAGGGUCCUAGACUUCUUAGAUGGCGGCAUCGCUAGCUCUAGUCGGAUUGAUGGGUUGGGUAAAGGGAUAGGGGAAUAUUUGCGAAGUCGAGUGGUAGAAGUCCCGAAGAAGUUUUUAGAACGAGGUUGGAUUUGA